GCAACAAGCUGCCAAACCAGGAGAAGUUCCCAGUGACGUCUGUACUGGAACCAAACUGAAGGCCCUGAAGUCCUGUCUGGUGCUUCUGGUGUUUCUGGUGAUUCCGGUGUGUCUGGCCUUCAUCUACUUUCGAACUCAGCUGAUGGACCCUGUGGAGAACCUGGAAGACAGGAUGUGUAUGAAGCACGAUAAACCUCUGGAGCUGUUCUGUAAGACCGACCAGACAUUUGUCUGCGUGUUCUGCUCUAUUUUAAACCACAAGACACAUGAUGUUGUUCCUCUGAAAGAAGAAUAUGAAAGACAGAAGGCAGAGCUGGGGAAGACAGAGGCUGAAAUUCAGGAGAUGAUCCAGAAGAGACGACUGAAGAUUGAAGAGAUCAAACACUCAGUUGACCUCAGUAAGGAAGCUGCAGACAGAGAGAAAGCAGAAGGUGUUCAGGUCUUCACCGCUCUGAAGGAGUCUGUUGAGAGAAGCCUGAAUGAGCUCAUUGAGACGAUUGAAGAGAAGCAAAGAACAACAGAGAAACAGGCUGAAGACUUCAUCAAAGAGCUGGAACAGGAAAUCUCUGAGCUGAAGAAGAGAAGCUCUGAGGUGGAGAAGCUCUCACACUCUGAAGACCACCUCCACCUCCUCCAAAACUUCUUGUCCCUGAAAGCUGCUCUACCCACCAAAGACUGGACAGAGGUCAGCGUCCGUCCAUCAUAUGAGGGGACUGUGGUGAGACGAGCUGUAGCGCAGCUGGAGAAGACGCUCAGUAAACAGAUGAAGAAACUGCUCAUUGAGGCUGAGCUGAAGAGGGUCCAGCAGUAUGCAGUGAAUGUGACUCUUGAUCCUGAUACAGCACAUCCCAAUCUCAUCCUGUCAAAUAAUUGGAAACAAGUCAAUCAUGGUGAUUAUUAUAAGGGGAAGAAGAGACUCCCAGCCAAAUCAGAGAGAUUUUCUACAUCUAUCAGUGUGUUAGGAAAGCAGAGUUUCUCUUCAGGCAGAUUUUACUUUGAGGUUCAGGUUAAAGGGAAGACUGACUGGUCUUUAGGGGUGGGAAGAGAGUCGAUCAACAGGAAGGGACAAAUCACACUGAGACCUCAGGAUGGUUACUGGACUAUAUGGUUGAGAAAUAGAAAUGAGUACAGUGCUCGCAGUAACCAUCCAGUCUAUCUCUCUCUGAAGACUCCUCCUCAGAAGGUGGGGGUGUUUGUGGAUUAUGAGGAGGGUCUGGUCUCCUUUUAUGACGUAGAUGCUGCAGCUCUUAUCUACUCCUUUACUGGCUGCUCCUUCACUGAGAAACUCUACCCAUACUUCAGUCCUGGUCCUAAUGAUGGUGGUAAAAACUCCGCCCCUCUGAUCAUCUGUUCUGUCAAUCAAACUGUCUGAUCUAUGUUCUAUGAUCAGCAAUUUAUUGAGCAGCGCCAACAAUUGAUUUACUUCAUGUGUUAAUGAUUGUUUUACAUCUACUGUGUAAAUAUGCACAGUAUCAAUGCUACUACAAUACUGCCACAAUAGUCUAUAUUAGCAGUCAGUGGAUUAGAGACCAUACAAUGAUGAUACAUUUUAAAAUGAACAGUUGGAUUUUACCUUUAACUGUUGUUUUAUUGCUUCAGUAUCCUUCCAUUAUUCAUUUAAUAACCUCUUCAUAGUUGAUGGAUCCAUCAUGAGAAACAUGUGAAAAGAAACUUUGUUCAAACCAACAGAGCUUUAAAAUGUAGUGAACAUCCCAAAGUUUGUAAAGAUAUAAAGUCUAUAUCAAGAAUGAAUUUUAUGCAAAUAUAUCUACAGUCAUGUUCAAUAUAUGAUUACAGUGUAUUAAAUUAGAAUUGAUCAUCUUCUGUUUAAAACUUCAUUGAAUAUAUUCUUUCACUGUUUCUACUGUUUUACUUUUGAUGUCUUUGAGUUUUUAGUCUUUCAUUAUUUUAUAGUUGAUGUUUCAUGUAAAUAACUUUGGAUGGCUGAUCUGUGUUUGAAUAAUUACCA